AUGUGUCACUCAGGGAGUUGCUGGGACCUACUGGACCCAGCGUUGCCAUCAGCACCAACAGCUUCAGAGAGGGGGACACAUGCCGGGGUGACUCCAAGGCUGUGGGCGGCACCUGCCUCAGAUAGAGAACAGGCACAGAGACACUCCUGGGGGACACUACUGGGACACUGGCCACCCCCCUACCCUGUGCCUGGGUCACAGCCUACACACUGCAGCCCUGUGCCCCUCACACCCAGCAGGUUCCUGCUCCAGCGCGGCUCCUGGACUGGCCCCGGGUGCUGGCCCCGGGGGUUUCAAUCCAAGCAUAAUUCAGUGAAGCAUGUGUUUGGCAGCGGGACCCAGCUAACCGUUUUAGGUCAGCCCAAGGCCGCCCCCUCGGUCACUCUGUUCCUGCCAUCCUGUGAGGAGCCCCAAGCCAACAAGGCUACACUGGUGUGUCUCAUGAAUGACUUCUAUCCGGGAAUCUUGACGGUGACCUGGAAGGCAGAUGGUACCCCCAUCACCCAGGGCGUGGAGAUGACCACGCCCUCCAAACAGAGCAACAACAAGUACGCGGCCAGCAGCUACCUGAGCCUGACGCCCGAGCAGUGGAGGUCCCGCAGAAGCUACAGCUGCCAGGUCAUGUAUGAAGGGAGCACCGUGGAGAAGACGGUGGCCCCUGCAGAAUGUUCAUAGGUUCCCAGCCCCCAGCCCACCCACAGGGGCCUGGAGCUGCAGGAUCCCAGGGGAGGGGUUUCUCUCUGCAUCCCAAGCCAUCCAGCCCUUCUCCCUGUACCCAGUAAACCCUCAAUAACUAUCCUUUGUCAACCAGAAA